ACCCUAUAAUCUCCCGUAUAAAACGCUGCCCAACGUUCAGACCAACCAUUAACCAAAAAGACGAGACCAAAGCUUUCUGUGAGACCAGCGGUAGAACCAGCCCACGCCAGCCUAGUCAUGCCGCCCGUCGCUGUUGAACCAUUUCAGCAUUAUGAUGAUGAUUUCCUGUCGUCUCUGCGCUUUUAUAACUACUGCCAUGGAUCGUUCCGAGCCAUGCUAUACAUGGGGCAAACGUUGUCGGAGCCGGUCACAGCCAAGGAGACGAGUAGUGCAGCCAACAGUGUGGUGAUGGUGGGGUCAUCAUGCAUGCAGGGAUGGAGGAUAAACAUGGAGGACGCACACACGCACAUCCUCUCACUUCCCGAGGACAAAGACGCUGCUUUCUUCGCUGUUUACGACGGACAUGGAGGGGCCAAAGUAGCACAGUAUGCUGGAUCACAUCUGCACAAGAAGAUUGUCAAGCAUCCAUCAUACAAAGUAGGUAAAGUAGAAGAUGCCAUGAGAGGAGGCUUCCUUGAGGUGGACACAGAUAUGAGAAAUGACGAGUCGAUGAGGGAUGAACUAGCAGGGUCAACUGCAGUCACAGUUUUACUGAAGAAUAACAAAAUCUAUUGUGGUAAUGUCGGAGACUCCAGAUCGAUAGCGAGUGUGCACGGGAAGGUCCAACAGCUGUCCUUCGACCACAAACCCAGUAAUGAGGGGGAGACCAAGAGAAUCAUCGCUGCGGGGGGAUGGGUGGAGUUCAACAGGGUCAAUGGUAACCUGGCCCUGUCCAGAGCUCUGGGGGAUUUCGUUUUCAAGCAGAAUGACAAGAAGAAAGCAGAGGAACAGAUAGUUACUGCGUACCCAGAUGUGGUUGUGGAGGACCUGACAGCAGAGCAUGAGUUCCUGGUGCUGGCGUGUGACGGGAUCUGGGAUGUCAUGUCCAACCAGGAGGUGGUGGACUUCAUCAGGACCAGAAUAGCCCAGAAAAUGGAGCCACCUGAGAUUUGUGAAGAACUGAUCAACAGAUGUUUGGCACCAGACUGCCAGAUGGGGGGCCUGGGCUGUGACAACAUGACUGUCAUCAUCGUUACUCUGCUGCAAGGAAAGUCGUACGAUGAACUAGCCGAGAAGUGUGCCUUGCCCAGUAUGGCAGUUCCGUCCAGUCCAGAAAACGGCGCGGGAUUUUCGGACCUCAGAUAGAAGACCUAGAUAGGCGCUGUAGAUAGAGAUCGGAUCAUUUGUUCGGCAACCGCCUGACAUCACUUACAUGUACGAGAAAAUUCUCUUUUCUCUCAGAUUUGUUGGUACAUUGAACUUGUGGGUGCUAAGCCUCACCACCUAAGAUGAUAAUGGGGGUUACUUACAACCAUCAGGAAGGAUUGUGGCAUAGACUUUAUGAAGGUAACCGUAUAAUCACACGUGUGUGUUGGGCUCCGAGAUUUGAUGCAUUGUAUGGUUCCAGGGAUAACUGUUAGGGAGUUGACACAACAGGAUGUUGGUUGCCCUGCACUAGCGACCUCUGUACAUAAGUUUAUACCCAUAUUAGGAAAAGGAGACCAAAGAUUUUGGGAUGGAGUCAGCCAAUCGGUGCCUGUUAUGGUGUGAUGGGAUAGGCAAUGUAAAGGCAGCCAUCACUAUGGUAACCAUUACUAUGGUAACCAUCACUAUGGUUUCAACAGGUAGAAUGACCAAUUUGUGCUGGUCACAAAACUGCAACUAGGGAAGUUCCUACCACCGAGGGGUUUCAUUGUGUUCAAAAUGAUGUUUUGUACUUGUUCGACACAGAGUUUCUCUGCAAUGUAAAGUAGUGUUGCAUUCCAUUGUAAAAAUAGAUGCUUGGUUAUAUGCUGAUGUAGAAAUGAACUUAAAGCACCAUGACUUGCAAGGCCUCUUUGGAUAUUUUGAAAUCAAUGUUGGUGGUAGAAUGAAUGUAGUUAACUGUAUGACUGAAAUGAUGGAUUGUGAGGACAGUGGACAGAAACAGUGCAAAUGAACACCUUCAAAGUCUACAUUACAUGCCACAUGUCCAUUUGUGAUGUAGAUAUUAUAGAUAGUACUGGUGAAGAGGGUAGUUUCAAAUCGGAAAGCAUACACUAAGGAUGCUUUCCUCGUAACUGGUAUUAAGAAAUUCCAGGUUUUGAGUCCAAGUUUUUUUUCAUAGCCUCAAGUUCAAGCCUCUGGGGUUUUAACAACCUCAGAGUAAAACUAAAAGAGAAAUGACUUUAACAGGUUGUCAGUCUUCCAACCAUUUUCCUCAUAUGUGAAACCUUUACUUGAAGCACACUGUUGUGAGCAUGUAACAUGCUGGUAAUGCAAUGAGCCAUGGAUGUAUUUUUGCUUGCAGAAGUAUACCAGGCAGUCAUCAGCCAUAACUGCUAAUUGUGCCCUCUACCAAUUGACUUCUGUACUGCAGCAAAAGGCAACUUACUAAGAUUUCUGAUCUCCAAAACCAUGAGUUACACAUUUGUGCUGUCAAUAGUUUGUUGUACAAGCUCCAUUUAUGCUGUGAUAUCUGAAUUUGUUGUGGAGCAAAAAAAAAUUCUAUGAUAGAAGAUUGUUGUUGUUUACUUGUAACCAAGAUUCUGUCUCAACUUUCAAGUUGCAAAUUUAGCUAUCAUUUAAAUCAUUCUGUUCUGUUAAUAUGUGUAUUAAUCCUGCUAUGGCAAAGGUGUUUUGUUUUAUGAAGGCUUUUCUUGCAACUGUCAGAUAAGUCUUGACUUCAAAUUCCAGAGUUUUAGGUGGAAAUUUUCCUGUACUGUUGUAGAGAAAUAAAUCUAUGAAAUCUCCA